CAGCAGCAGCACGGCUCCCAUCCAUCCCAGCAUGAGGGCUCUGCGUCUCCUCCUCCUCUGCCUGCCAGCGCUCCUGGCUCAAGGCCAGUAUGACCUCGAGGACCCGGCCUACCACGACACGCCGUACCUCCCUUACGAAAUAGAAAGUCCAGAUUAUUACGAUUAUGCCGGGAACGACAUCUCCCCCCAGACCCCGGAAGAGCAGUACCAGUACCAGUACCAAUCCCAGCAGCAGAACCAGCACGAAGUCAUCCCUGCCCCAACCCCAGAUAUUCCGGAGACAGAGCCCACCGAACCAGGGCCGCUCGAUUGCCAAGAGGAGCAGUAUCCCUGCACAAGGCUCUACUCGGUCCACAGACCUUGCAAGCAGUGCUUGAACGAGAUCUGCUUCUACAGCCUCCGCCGGGUUUACGUGAUCAAUAAGGAGAUCUGUGUCCGUACGGUGUGCGCCCAUGAAGAACUCCUGAGAGCUGACCUCUGUCGCGACAAGUUCUCCAAGUGUGGCGUCAUGGCCAGCAGCGGCCUUUGCCAGUCCCUGGCAAGCACCUGCGUGCGAAGCUGCGGCGGCUGCUAAGCAGGGGCGGUGGCGGCGGAUGCUGCAGCGUGAGGGGGCCCGCUCCGCACUGUGGGCACCAUGGCGGCGCCAGCUGCGGUUCUGUCAACGGCCACGGGAGGAACGCAAGCAACCGGGCCUGAUGGGCUCCUCCACCACUGCC